GCAGCACUGUGUGUCUUGUGGAAAGAACAAGACUGGUGUCUACCCAGGGCCACUUCCUGGAUCCGUAGGUCCUUGUAGGGACCUUUGCCCCACCACGUCCCAGUCCUGACAGCCGUUCUUUACCAGGACAAGUUUGCCGUCUUCUCUGAACUACCAAGCCCCUCAAGCACACCAGGACCCAGGGCGUCCCACCCUUCUGAAGUAGCUGCUUCAGACCAGCCUAGGAAGCACCCAGCUGUUGUGGCCCACAAUGGAGGAUGCAGGUGGUCGGCGCCAGCAGGAGCGACCCAGCCUUCGUCUGGAAAAGCUGCAGCACUGGGCAAGACAUAGGCACAGUGGGCACCUCUUGGUGCUGGCGGUCAGCCAGCUAUGGCUGGCCAUAGCUGUGGUGCCCUUGGCUGUCUCAGUCGCCUGCCUGAACUCUGCUUGUCACAUGACCACAGCACUGCCACUCGGGCCUGGAGUCUCAGGUCUUCUCACUGGGGCUGUCACCCUUGAGCUUCGAAGAGCACCCCGCCUCUGGAAGGUGCGCACCAUGAUGAUAUUCAACAUUUUCAACCUGAUCUUGGGCUUCAUUGUGGUGGUGGUCGAGGUGUUGAAGACAGCCUUGGGGCCUGCCCUACCUGCCCCCUCCCAGCUGGCUGGCUUGCUGGUGGUGCAGCUCAGCGCUGAGGCAUUCACCCUAGGGGGAGUGCUGGCCUCGGCAUAUGCCCUCUUCCUGCUGAGCCAGAGGAAGCCAGGCUGCUGCUGCAGGAGCCGGAGUCUGCGCUACGAGGAGCUGCACGAGGGCCUCUCCGAGUUGGAGGACGUUCCUAGUUUGGACAACGGUUCCACGGGGGCCAGCACAGGAACCAGGACAAGCGAGUGAGCCGGACAAGCGGAAGCAGACAGGUGCGUCUCCCCCACCCCGAGGAGGCUCUCCAGACGCUCCAGUGUCCCACCCCAGCAAACUCAGAAGCUAGCCGGCCUCCCUCGACACUGGCAUGAAGUCCCAGGCGGUGCCUUCGACUCUCACUCAAAGCAAGCCUCCCCUUUUUCCCCUGCCUCGCUAGAAGACACACCUGGACCACAGCCUCCCUGGUCUCGCCACCCUAAAAGCUGCGUCCAGCCUUCCCCUCUGCCCGCCCAUACACCUUCACAACUGCCUCAUCUCGCUGUGCUCUUCUGUCCAGCUCUCACAAUCCCCUGCACUCCAAGCCCCAGUUCUCGCACACGCCAACUCUUGAAUCCAAUUCAGGGAGCUGCCUUCCAGCCUUCGAUCCAGUUGCUGUCUACUCGCUGGAGACUACACAUCCCAGCAUGCCCCGCUGCCCUGCGGCCUGCUGGGAAAUGAAGAGCCUGCCCUCCGCCGCUGGGGCGCUGUGCAUCUGCUGAGUGACGCGAGGCGCUCAAGUCGAGGCCUAGCCGAGAGUUGUCUCGGACGCGACCACUGGCCUGCGUGCGGGGUGGAGCCGGGCGGGCCGUCCUGCUCCGGGAUGCCGCUACCCUAGCCAGGGCAACUGAGAGCAGACUCUGGGUCCAUAUCCCUCCCACAGACUGCAUCGGAGCCGGUGAGGGCUGGGGGCUGGCGCUUGGCAAAGCUGGGGUUCCCCAGAUGCUGUCGCCGCGCCCCCACGAAAGAGUGCCCAGGUCCAAAGUCCUGAGACUUGGAGCGCGCGCGAGAAGGGGGUUGGAGAUUGAUGAGUCAGAAGCGCGCGGCCUUUCUCUCGCCCCACGUCCCCGGGGCCUGAGUGCCCGAGGCCAGACUCGCUAGGCAGGCUGGUGGACCCGGCAAGCAAAGAGGGACGCGGCGGUCCGACCUACAGCUUUCCCGCCUCUUGCGAGCAUGCCGGUGUACCAAGCCCGCGUUGUCGCCACCCUUUCUUUCCAAGGCGGGAGCGGGACUGCGCAGGCUCGGCCUCUUGGCCGCCCCGCUGACCUUUGAUCCUGGCCGCGGUCGGGUUGCUGGAUCUCUGGUUGCGCUAAGCCCCGCCGUUUACGGCUUUUGCAAGUGUGCAAAGAUGGCAAGCUCGGUGGGCUUGGGAAAAGCCCGGGAAGACUUAGGAGUCCCAGUAGCACUAGCCGGGCAGCUCACUAGCCGCUAGAAACUAGAAAGUAACCGGAGCUGGAGAACUAAGAGAACUCACCCCAAAU